AAUUCAAUAACUUGGAUUUAAACGAUAGCCUUCGAACGAUCACUAAGAACAGCGAUAUCUUGCAUGAUAUUGCCGAUCGUUACAGAGAUUCAAACGACGCUGGAAACCAUCUUAAGAAAGAAGAUGAAUUAAACAGCAAAACAAACAGUUUGACUCCCACCGACGAACAUGGCAUAGAUUUCAACACAUUGAAUUCAAAUAAAGAAUUUAAUGUUGACGUAGGAUCUGAAAAUAGCCAUGAAUUUCCGUAUGACAGCAGUGAAAUCAGAUUCAACGAUGAUUUGGGCAAAGAUAACAACAACUUGAAUUCAUAUGAAGAAUUUGCCGACACUGAUAAUGAAUACGAGAAUGCUCACGAAAUUGAUUAUGCCAGCACAGAAACAAAUUCAAACAACAACUUGAAUUCAUAUGACGAACUGGUUGACGAUGACGACGAAUUUGAGAAUGAUGAGCAAUUUUAUGAUGAAAUUGAUGAUAUUAACAGCAACAUAAAUUUCAACCGCAAAUUUGGUCACGACAAUUUCAACUCAUAUGAAAAGCUUGCUGACGAUGAUGAAUUUGAGAAUGAUAAUGGAAUUAAUGAAGACACCACAAUUCCCUCCAACGACAACUUCGGCGCAGAUUACAAUAACUUGAAUUCGCACGAAGAAUUUGCUGAUCAUGACGAUGCAUUUGAGAACGAUGAUGAAGUUGAUGAUGAUAGGAAAAUUGAUUCCAACGACAACUUCGGCGAACAUUACAACAACUUGAACUCGUAUGAAAAAUUUUCUCAUCACGAUGAAUUUGAGAAUAAUGACCAACUUGAUGAUGACAGAAAAAUAGACUUCACCGACAGCUUCGGCAAAGAAUACAACAAGUUGAACUGGCAUGAAGAAUUUUCUGAUGAUAACGAUAAAUUUGAGAAUGACGACUUCAUUUAUGAUGACGACUUCAUUUAUGAUGACAGCAAAAUAAAUUCCAACGACAACUUCGGCGAAGAUUACAACAACUUGAACUCGCACGAAGAAAUUGCUGAUGGUAACGAUGAAUUUGAGAAUGACAAUGAAAUUGAUGAUGACAGCACAAUUGAUUCCGACAACUUCAGCGAAGAUUACAACAACUUGAACUCGCAUGAAGAAUUUGCUGAUGACGAUGAUGAAUUUGAGAUCGAUAAUGAAAUUGAUGAUGACAGCAAAAUUGAUUCCAAUGACAACUUUGGCGAAGAUUACAACAAGUUGAACUCGUAUGAAGAUUUUGCUGAUCACGACGAUGAAUUUGAGAAAGACUAUUUCAUUGAUGAUGACAACAGAAUAGAUUCCAACGACAACUUCGGCGAAAAUUACAACAACUUGAACUCGCUUGAAGAAAUUGCUCAUGGUAACGAUGAAUUUGAGAAUGACAAUGAAAUUGAUUAUGACAGCAAAAUUGAUUCCGACGACCACUUCGGCAAAGAUUACAACAACUUGAACUCCUAUGAAGAAUUUGCUGAUGACGACGAUGAAUUUGAGAAUGAUGACAUUGACGAUGACAGCAAAAUAGAUUUCAGUGACAACUUGGGCGUAGAUGACAACAUAUGGUCCCCAAAAUAUGAAGAAACUGCUCAAUUUCAGAAUGAUGAUGAAGUUGUAGAUGACACGAAAAUAGAUUCCAACGACAACUUCGGCGAAGAUUACAACAAGUUGAACUCGUAUGAAGAAUUUCCUUAUGAUAACGAGGAAUUUGAGAAUGAUAAUGAAAUUGAUGAUGAGAGCAGAAUUUAUUCCGACGACAACUUCGCUGAAGAUUACAACAACUUGAACUCGUAUGAAGAAUUAGCUGAUGACGAAGAUGAAUUUGAGAAUGAUGAUGAAAUUGAUGAUAACAGCAAAAUUGAUUCCGACGACAACUUUGGCGAAGAUUACAACAACGAUGAAUUUAAGAUUGAUAAUGAAAUUGAUGAUGAGGGUAAAAUUGAUUCCGACAAGAACUCGUAUGAAGAAUUACCUGAUGAUCACGAUGAAUUUGAGAAUGAUGAUGACAUUGCUGAUAACAGCAAAAUUGAUUCCGACGACAACUUGGGCGUAGAUGACAACAUAUGGUCCUUAAAAUAUGAAGAAAUUGCUCAAUUUCAGAAUGAUGAUGAAGUUGUAGAUGACAGGAAAAUAGAUUCCAACGACAACGUCGGCGAAGAUUACAACAAGUUGAAAUCGCAUGAAGAAUUCUCUGAUGAUAAUGAUGAAUUUGAGAUUGAUAAUGAAAUUGAUGAUGAGGGUAAAAUUGAUUCCGACAAGAACUCGUAUGAAGAAUUACCUGAUGAUGACGAUGAAUUUAAGAAUGAUGAUGACAUUGAUGAUAACAGCAAAAUUGAUUCCGACGACAACUUGGGCGUAGAUGACAACAUAUGGUCCUUAAAAUAUGAAGAUAUUGCUCAAUUUCAGAAUGAUGAUGAAGUUGUAGAUGACAGGAAAAUAGAUUCCAACGACAACGUCGGCGAAGAUUACAACAAGUUGAAAUCGUAUGAAGAAUUCUCUGAUGAUAAUGAUGAAUUUGAGAUUGAUAAUGAAAUUGAUGAUGGCAGCAAAAUUGAUUCCGACGACAACUUCGGCGAAGAUUACAACAACUUGAACUCGCAUGAAGAAUUUCUUGAUGAUAACGAUAAAUUUGAGAAUGAGAAUGAGAAUGAAAUUGAUGAUGACAGCAAAAGUUAUUCCGACGACAACUUCGGUGAAGAUUACAACAACUUGAACUCGUAUGAACAAUCAGCCAAUGACGACGAUGAAUUUGAAAAUGAUGAUGACAUUGAUGAUAACAGCAAAAUUGAUUCCGACGACGACAUCGGCGAAGAUUACAACAACUUGAACUCGUAUGAAAAAUUUGCUGAUGAUAACGAUGAAUUCGGGAAUGAUAAUAAAAUUGAUGAUGACAGCGAAUUUGAUUCCAACGACAACUUCGGCGAAGAUUACAACAACUUGAACUCGUAUGAAGAAUUAGCUGAUGACGACGAUGAAUUUGAGAAUGAUGAUGACAUUGAUGAUAACAGAAAAAUUGAUUCCGACGACAACUUUGGCGAGGAUUACAACAACUUGAACUCGUAUGAAGAAUUUGCUGAUGAUAACGAUAAAUCUGAGAAUGAUAAUGAAAUUGAUGAUGACAGCAAAAUUCAUUCCGACAACUUUGGUGAAGAUUACAACAACUUGAACUCGUAUCAAGAAUUAGCUGAUGACGACGAUGAAUUUGAGAAUGAUGAUGACAUUGAUGAUAACAACAAAAUUGAUUCCGACGACAACUUCGGCGAAGAUUACAACAACUUGAACUCGUAUGAAGAAUUAGCUGAUGACGACGAUGAAUUUGAGAAUGACUCGUAUGAACAAUUAGCCAAUGACGACGAUGAAUUUGAAAAUGAUGAUGACAUUGAUGAUAACAGCAAAAUUGAUUCCGACGACAACUUUGGCGAGGAUUACAACAACUUGAACUCGUAUGAAGAAUUAGCUGAUGACGACGAUGAAUUUGAGAAUGAUGAUGACAUUGAUGAUAACAACAAAAUUGAUUCCGACGACAACUUUGGCGUGGAUUACAACAACAUGAACUCGUAUGAAGAAUUAGCUGAUGACGACGAUGAAUUUGAGAAUGAUGAUGACAUUGAUAAUAACAGCAAAAUUGAUUCCGACGACAACUUCGGCGAAGAUUACAACAACUUGAACUCGUAUGAAAAACUUGCUGAUGAUAACGAUGAAUUCGGGAAUGAUAAUAAAAUUGAUGAUGACAGCGAAUUUGAUUCCAACGACAACUUCGGCGAAGAUUACAACAAGUUGAACUCGUAUGAAGAAUUCUCUGAUGAUAAUGAUGAAUUUGAGAUUGAUAAUGAAAUUGAUGAUGGCAGCAAAAUUGGUUCCGACGACAACUUCGGCGAAGAUUACAACAACUUGAACUCGUAUGAAGAUUUAGCUAAUGACGACGAUGAAUUUGAAAAUGAUGAUGACAUUGAUGAUAACAACAAAAUUGAUUCCGACGACAACUUUGGCGAAGAUUACAACAACUUGAACUCGUAUGAAGAAUUUGCUGAUGAUAACGAUAAAUUUGAGAAUGAGAAUGAAAUUGAUGAUGACAGCAAAAGUUAUUCCGACGACAACUUCGGUGAAGAUUACAACAACUUGAACUCGUAUGAAGAAUUAGCUGAUGACGACGAUGAAUUUGAGGAUGAUGAUGACAUUGAUGAUAACAACAAAAUUGAUUCCCACGACAACUUUGGCGAGGAUUACAACAACAUGAACUCGUAUGAAGAAUUAGCUGAUGACGACGAUGAAUUUGAGAAUGAUGAUGACAUUGAUGAUAACAGCAAAAUUGAUUCCGACGACAACUUCGACGAAGAUUACAACAACGUGAACUCGUAUGAAAAAUUUGCUGAUGAUAACGAUGAAUUCGGGAAUGAUAAUAAAAUUGAUGAUGACAGCGAAAUUGAUUCGAACGACAACUUCGGCGAAGAUUACAACAAGUUGAACUCGUAUGAAGAAUUUUCUGAUGAUAAUGAUGAAUUUGAGAUUGAUAAUGAAAUUGAUGAUGGCAGCAAAAUUGAUUCCGACGACAACUUCGGCGAAGAUUACAACAACUUGAACUCGUAUGAAGAAUUAGCUGAUGACGACGAUGAAUUUGAGAAUGAUGAUGACAUUGAUGAUAACAGCAAAAUUGAUUCCGACGACAACUUGGGCGAAGAUUACAACAAUUUGAACUCGUAUGAAGAAUUAGCUGAUGACAACGAUGAAUUUGAGAAUGAUGAUGACAUUGAUGAUAAUAACAAAAUUGAUUCCGACGACAACUUCGGCGAAGUUUACAACAACUUGAACUCGUAUGAAAAAUUUGCUGAUGAUAACGAUGAAUUCGGGAAUGAUAAUAAAAUUGAUGAUGACAGCGAAAUAGAUUCCAACGACAACUUCGGAGAAGAUUACAACAAGUUGAACUCGUAUGAAGAAUUCUCUGAUGGUAACGAUGAAUUUGAGAAUCUCAAUGAAAUUGAUGAUGACAGCAAAAUUGAUUCCGACGACAACUUCGGCGAAGAUUACAACAACUUCAACUCGUAUGAAGAAUUUGCUGAUGAUAACGAUGAAUUGGAGAAUGUUAAUAAAAUUGAUAAUGACAGUGAAAUAGAUUCCAACGACAACUUCGGUGAAGAUUACAACAACGUGAACUCGUAUGAAGGAUUUGCUGAUGAUAAUGAUGAAUUUGAGAAUGAUAAUGAAAUUGAUGAAGACAGCAAAAUUGAUUCCGACGACAACUUCGGCGAAAAUUACAACAACGUGAACUCGCAUGAAGAAGUUGCUGAUGUCUACGAUGAAUUUGAGAACGAUAAUGAAAUUGAAGAUGAGGAAAAAAUUGAUUCCGACGACAACUUGGGCGAAGAUUACAACAAUUUGAACUCGUAUGAAGAAUUUGGUGAUAACGAUGAAUUUGGGAAUGAUGAUGAACUUGAUGAAUUCAACAAUAUACAUUCCAACAGGGAAUUUGGCGAAGAUUACGACGAAGAGUUGGUUGACGAUGGCGGCGAUGUUGUGAAAGGUAAGAAAUCUAUUCAUAUGUUGGCGAUAAACUUAAUCUGGCAUUGGCAAAGCUAGAGGUCUUGUACGAAUAGAUACUUUUCAAUAAAAAUAAUGUUUUUAAUCUUAAAAAAUAUUGCCUACCUGCUGUAAUUUUAAAAUGACUUGAAUUCCUCUUCCGUGUUAUGUAUUACCCAGGUAUAAUCGCAUUGUUUCGCCUGACCGCGGGUUAAUAGCUGGACCAACAGGUAUCUUAUUAAUUUCAAACGCAUUCUGAUGCCUAAUUUGCUUCUCGAGUGAUUGUUUAGUAUUUUUACAGAAGUAUUUUGUCUUUCUUGGGACUGAAUUUAUUUUAGUUUUCCCUUAUUUCUUUAUCAGUAACUUCCACUAAACGGCUAGCCGCCAUUUGGCAAAUUUCGGUUUUGUUAUAACAGUGUAGGUGAAUAUAACAGCCGGCUUAAUACGCCAAAUUUGACCAAUCAACCUGUAGGAUUUGUUAUAUUCACUUUUGCAAAAAUACUAGUGAAAAGCUAGUUAAUGUUUAUCUGGUUUGUUCAUUGGGACAAGAAUGCUUAUGUGGAGCCGGUUUAAAAAAUAUUACAAAUAUCUAAUGGAAACUUUAGGGUUGCAUGUGCUUUAGAUUCACUAUAGGUACAUUUCGAAUUUACGUUAACUUAUAGACAUUUUCAAAAACUCAUUUGUAAUUCAUGAGGAAAACGGAAAGAAAAAUUAUAAGCGUGUCGUAUCUUUAUAUGUGUUAGAGAUUUCCCUUGAUUUGCAUAAACUUUAACUUUGAUUUUCUCGACUUACACAACAACAACGUAUUUUUUGAAAAUUACUUAGCCAAUGAACUUACUAGAUCGAUCAUUCCUGAAGUAAUUUAAAACAUUCGCAAUGCGUGUUUUAUCAGACCUAUAAAGGUACUCGGCUUUGUCUUGUAUCUUUAUAUCUGACAAAACACUGCUCGGCUCAUGUUUUAAAUAGUACAGAAUUAUGAAGUCCAAGUGUAAUGAUAAUAUUUUCGUCUUUCUUCAGUCAAAUUAAAAUAUAUUGAGCAAACGUUGCAGAUAAAGUUGUACUACAACUGAAAAUAAAAUUAAUAUUCAUGUAAUGACAAUUUUAAAAUGUUGGAAGAUUUUCUCCCAAAAGAAAAAGUAUUACGAACUUUAACUAACUUCCUCUAAUCCAUUCUAAACACACAUUUUUGUGGUCCUGUUUUGAACCUUAAAACGCAGGAAAUGGCGCCGGCCAUUCUGAACGUGCAGGUCGUAUAUAACAUGACUGGUCAAAUUCCUUUAUCAUUCAACCACUCAUUAAUAAUUCAUAAGCUUUUUGUACUGUUAAAUCACGUACUGUUAGUAUUCUUUGCCUGAUUCUCGUUAAUUACUGUUAGUAUUCUUUGUAUAAAACUUUCUCCUACUUAGAUUUAGUAUUCUUUAUAUAAAGAAUACUAAUGAGACGGCAUCUAUUGUAGUCGUGUUUGAAGUUAUUCGAAACACUUGUAGUCGUGUUUUAUCAUAUCUAAAACGCUUGUGCUGCGCACUCGCAUUUUAUUAAAUAAGUAAUACCAUAGUUGCCUCGAAAUCCUUUGUCUCGCGAGGCACGAUUAAUCACUAAUUUACCUCAUUACCCAUGCAUACGCUUAAAUUUGAAUACCGGAAAUGGCAUUUGCAGCAUUCCGAGACACGCAUAAUCAGAAAACCCAGAAUUCCGGGUGCCAGAGUAUGCCUGUUCGCAGGUAGUGCUGUGAAUAAUAUAGUUAACAACAAAAAUCAUGACCAAAGACAUCAAAAACGGAUCAAAAUUGUAUUUUAAAAUACUCAAAACGCAGAAAAAUUGGGAAUCGACUCGCAUUACCUCAAUCCCAUUCCCAUUUUUGAGGACUUCAUUUCCCAUUCCCAGUGGCCAAAUCCCAGUCCCAGCAACCCAAAUCCCAUUUUCCCAGUCUAAAAAUAGAUCAAUCCCAGUUCCCAUUUUACCCCUUCAGGGCCCUCUAUGAUAUUACAAAGUAAUAGCAUGGCAUUACGGUCGAUUAGUGAUGAAAUGUUCCUCAAGCCUCGAGAGGUUUAGUAAAACUAAACUCUCUCGGCUUUCGGGUACAUUUAAUCACCAAUCGCCCUGAAUGCCAUGCUAUUACUUAUAAAUAAAACAGGCCGUCCUACACUCCUACGCGGGUUUUAAAUAGUACCUAUUAUGAUGAUUAACGAAAGACUAGAUUUGAUUUUUUGAUCAGGUAAAUACAGUUCUAAUACUGUUUCCGCUAUUGCUUUUCAAUCGUUUUAUAUAUAAUUGCGAGUCUAUAUGUUUCAAUUUCUGUGAAUAUACGUGACACCGCUCAUUGGUACUUUUGAAAACUUAUCUUUAUGAUUUUAUAAUAUUGAUCAAUUUAUUUCUUUGCUUCGAGAAAUUUAAAGACUAAUACGCUAAAACCUAUAAAGAAUUCGAAGGAGUUUCGCGGUAAAAUUUUAUAUCUUCGUUUUUAUUGACUAUUAUAUAACGACCGCGUUAACGGUUGCGAAUGGUCAGCUGUAAAAUAACCCAGUCUGAAAUAUAGCAGCCAAAUUUAUUCUUCCUUUGAAUGUCUAACCUCUCUUUCGUUCAUUAUAGGAAUGUUCCAUAAUAAACGCUCCAGACGGUCUGUGGAUAUUGGUAAGAAAAGUAGAUUAUUUUCUUAGAAGCAAAGAACAGUCGAUCAUGUACGUUUGAAAAAAAGUAUAUGAUAUAGAAAGAAACAAAUAGUGCAAAUUGUCUAAUCUAUAUUAUCUUUGAAUUUCAACAUGGCGUUUUAGAACCUGUUUCUCUCUGUAGUUACUAACUUCUUAUUAACCGAACGCAGGGUCUGUACAGAGAAAUAUCGGACCGAGUUCUUUUUUGUACAGACCGAGCCCGUAGGGCGAGGUUUGUUGGAAAAGACCGAGGUCCGAUAUUUCUCUGUACAUACCGAGCGAACCGAGGUUAAUAAAAAGUUUAUUAUUAUUAUAUGGCAUUUAUAGGCAUUUAUACUUGAAACAAACAUGAAAUGCAUGAUUUGAAAUGCAUAUUAAUAGCACGGUACACAUUUGGUAGUCUGCGAACCCAGACGUCAUUUCCGACGCUCAUUCUUCGCUUGGAAAAAUUUGGUCGAAGAAAACAAAAAAAAACCCAAUGUAUUAUUCCUUCUUUUCCACUAAAAACAAUUCGCAGAAAGCUUACUAAUAACAAAUUAAAUUAUAAUUUUCAAAUUUUCAGUUAGUUUUGCUGUUUUCUUUUGAAAUGCAUCGAGCUUCUUAGCCAAUCGAGCUUCUUAGCCAAUCACAGUCCGCCAUUUCACCGGAAGUGAUGCUUGCCAUAUCAUAAUUAUAAUUAAUUGUAUUUUGUCCAUAUUCGCUUUCGAAUUUUGUUUUCCGAAGCCCAAAAUCACACAAAACAGCCACAAUCACACAAAUUACCCCUUUGUUACCCUCGUGGUCUAUGUAGUUUUCGUCGCUACUAUUUUUAAAUGUUAAAUUUUAUUUUGAUGUGGCCUGAGCCUUUCUAUAUACAGCUAUUUCAAUUAAGGUUGUCCACGAGCAAAGCGGAAAAGUCGAAUACGAGCGCGAAAGGCUGCUGGGAAUCGCUAACAAAUUAAUGGAUUUUCAAAGCAAUUCCCAGCAGCCUUUACGCCCGUAUUCGACUUUUCCGCUUUGCUCGUGGACAACCUUAAUUGAAAUAGCUGUAUACGGACACCAACGAGGGAGAAACAGCAAAUGUCCGCCGGUGAUCAUCCAUGGUUACUACGACAUGUAAGGCUAUACGUUUAAAUUUUUACAAGCUGAAAAUCUUUGAUUUAGAACUCAUGUUUACGAGGUGCAUUUGAUUUGAUUUCCCCCCGAUUUUUCCAUUUCAUCCCGUAUGCGUUUGAAUUACUAAUCAGCGUAAAAUGUCAUAUACUGUAAAUGCGUUCAUCAGUAUUCUUUAUAUACAAUCUCACAGAAUUAACAUGUUUAAAUAGUUUUUAAUUAAUUAAUAGACUGAUUAUGAUUCCUUCUGGGGUGGGAGAGUUUCAUCAGGCAUAAAAUGCCUGCAUGUGAUCAAACAGGUUAUUGUGCAAUUUGAAAUAAAUAUUAAUGAGUGUUUGAAGUUUUUUCAAUUAAAAGUAGUUGUAUCACCUACAAUUAAACGUCGGCAGUUUGGUAGCUUACCCAGGACCGUCGCAAAGAGGCUUAAGCAGGGUGUGUGUGGUAUUGCAUUUGCCGACAAAAGUUCGGAGAGGGCGGAGAGGUAGGCGUCAAAUUUGAGUAGACGAACAAUGAAAAAAUUGCCGACAAAAUCCUUCAUUUUGUUUUCAGGGGUAUCACACCCCAAUACCCCCUCUAUAGCGACGGCCCUGAGCUAACCAGAACCAAAACUACCUUGUGGAUCUUUAUAGUUACCAAUUUUUGGAUACAAAUAUCAUUUUGGCAGUAGACAAACUGAAUUCUCUAUAUCGUUAUGUAGAUACAAUAAUUGAGAAAAAAGAUGAAGCUAUAACAACAGGAAAAUCUACAGCCAACGUUUUCAUGAAAAACAAAGGAUCUUUGCUUUGUAUAUUGUUGAUUAUCGUAGCAAUCAUUAUGGUUUAUAUUACAUACAAUAAGGCAAAACAGUAAGUAUUAUCAAUUUCACUUUUCUCAUUAAUUAUAAACAUUUAUGAAAACACGAAUGUGGUGUUUUCAUUAAUAAUCAGUAUCACAAAACCAUGCACUGACACUAGCUAUAUACCUGUCACGUUUUAGGAAAAGUUACUAUUUUUAGUCGACUUUCGCAAUUUUGUAUUCUUUUGUAUUUUAAUUUAAACUUAACCAUAUUACCUUAAUCCUAACCCUUACUCUAAUCCUAAAAAUCUUAAAUCUUAAUCCUAACCUUUUCCCUAAUCCAAACCGUAAUUUUAAUCCUGAAGGUCAAAUAAUAAUACGGUAACUGUUUCUAAAUCGUGACUCAUAUGUUACUAGCUGCCAUAGCAAAUGUUAUUUCAAUUUUAUUUCAAAUUUUAUUUUUUUUUUAUUUUAUUUUUAUUUCUAAUCGAUCAAUCAAUCAAUCAAUCAAUAAACUUUAUUUAAAGAUGGUUAAGAAUAUUGUACAUCGCCAAUAUACCUGGUAUGCCAAAACUUAUCUUCCACAGGGCCCUCGCAAUUUAAGUUAAAAAUACGUUAAUAAGUUAACAUAUUUACAUAUAGUAUAGAAUAGGAUAUUUAGAAUAUACUAUAGAAUAUUACUAAUUAGUAUAGCUAUAAAAUAAUUUCUUUACAUUUAUUCUUAAAGUCGUUUGGAGAUACACUUUCUCCAGUGUUCAUUAAAAAACUUAAUCUUUUAUACACUGCGAUAUCCGAGUGCAUGAGAGUUGGCAUGCAGUAAUGUUUAUAGCCAGUUCUUUAAUGUACUGCCAAGACUAUCAUCUAUAUUCUAUUUAAGUUAAAACAUAGUUAGAACACUCAUUACCUUAUUUUGUUUAAAUCUAGAGCUUGAAAUGCACGUGACAAAUAACAACGCGUGACUUCCAACUCUCAUGAACUCUCUUGACCACGAGGUUUAACACUAAACUGUUUUUGAACAAAUAUUGAGAUUAUAUUGUUUCACUUAGUUAUAUGACAUUAUAUUUCUGCAUUGCGUAUUGCUGUUACUUGUUAAAAGAUAUUCGCAUGAAAAUGUUUGACCACUAUUACGAUCAGCAUUGUUUGUUUACAGCUGUUUCGUCGCUUAUUUUGUUAUUUGAAAAAAUAUCAACAUCAACGUGCCCACCUCUAUAAACGUUGAGUUCCAAAAAUUACACUAGUCAAACGAGCGCAUUUUUUAACAAACUCAACGUUGAUCCCCCCAUCUCUUGAUAUGCAAACUCUGACGAAAAUAUAAAACACUGAUUUAAAUAUAAGAAUAUAUUUAUAUCAGUGGCCUGAGGAGUGUCGGAUGCAUGAUAGGAACGAAUUUGGACCUUGUCCUUGAUCAUUCCCAUAAUGCACUAAUAUUAUUCAAUCCUCAUUUUAGGGACUGUAUAUGAGUCAGAUUCAAACUGCAUGAAUUGUCAGUAAAUGCUAUAUGACUCGUGAUUUAAACAAGUGCAUUCGAAUGUCUUGUUCGAUACGGGUAGAUGUGCAAACGCCGUUCCCCUUGGUAAAAAGUGACACUUUUUGUGCCAAUAUUCAAAUUAUUGUACAAUGUGUAGUGUACAUGUUAAUUUCUGAAAAAUAUAUCAGAGGUCUCAAAAAUGAUCGUUUGCAUAAGCCAGCGUAAACAGAGAAAAUAUCUUCUUAUUCUCAAUUAAAAUAUCUGAAAUAAAUGCAAAUGUCAGAUGACUUAGCCUCACUUAGCUUUGAUUUUGCAAGUUCACCAAGGAACCAUCAGCAGAACAACAGCAAACUGUUUUCCAUAGAGAUCCUAUUAAAUCACCAUAAAGGUCUACAAAGUUUUGAAUUAAAAUAAUUGACUACAAAGCUGUAUACCUCAUUGCAAGAAACAUUUAACCCAACCCUUGCAUUAACAUUAAUGUUUCUCUUUACUUCUUAGGUACCUAAAUAUGACCACCGCCAAGCCCGUCUUAACAGAAAUAGUUGUUUCUGGACCAAGUCGACAUCAGAAGCAAGAAAAUUUGAACAGGGACACGGUCACUGAGGAUACACCUUGA